ACGUCAAGAUCGAAUCCACCACCCGCUGAGUCUCUUAUUGCUUAGCCGCCUGACUCUCGUCCUCCUCCUACUCAUCCAAAUCUCAUGUCCCUGUUAACGCCAAUUAUUCCGCUCUUAUUUUCGCUACAUGACUUUUUUACGACGUCUAUCGAAAUGAAUUCAAUGGAACGAACGGUUCAACUGCUUUAGUUAGAGCUACGACUGCUUACAAUCUCGUACUCGCGCGUUUUCUUCUUCUUUUUCUUUUUUUAAUUUCCUUCCCCCAAUUACCUCUUUCUACUGUUUCCUUAUCGCUCAAAAUCGUUUGCUCUGGCAGCUCUGUAUAUUUGUCGGCCGUGCGAAUUCCUCGUCCUAGACGAUGAAUUUGCAGGUCGUCGUAUACAAACGCAGCCCAUGCACAUUUGAAGCUACUACUCUUUUUCCACUCCCAUCAACCUUUUGAUGUUUUCCUUUACUUUACACGAUACAAAUGGUAUCUUACUGGAUUAGGGAAUUGGUUUUGCAUUGUUUUUAGCACGAGGAUAGUACACAUACACCAAGCAUUUGGGGGAUUUUUUUCCAUGAUACCCAGUGGGCGAAUGCGCCAGCCUGUUGGCGCCGCCCCAUACACGAUUUCCUUUGUCGUUUGAGUAUUUAUCUCUUGAUUCACUAGGUAUGGGAGGCUACUGCUUGUUUAUUUAACCCGAUUUUUUUAUUUCCUUGAACCUUUCUCUCCAGAAAUUUCCUCUACCCCUUUGAUACGACAAUGAGUUUGGUUUUUUCUUAUUUUUGUUUGUUUUUUUAGCCUCGCUUAGGGACAUGGAUUUAGGAUGAGAUCAGGGACGAGAGUCCUAUGCAUACGUGCACGGCGUUGAAUAUCUUUUCUCCCCACUUUGAAUCUUUUUUUUUCUUUGUUUCCUGCAUUCAACUAUACCACUCUCGGUGUGCGGAAGAUUGGAAGACGAUGGGGAUUGCCUAGAUGGUAAAACCCGUGGACGAGCACAGCCGAAUCGAUUUAGCUGGAGGGACGGAGGGAGGCAUACAUUUGCUGUUUUUUUACAGGGCUUCUUCUUUUCUUGCGAGGCAGGCUACGACACGAUCGACUGCCUCGCCCGACUUUAUGCAAGGCUCUGUUGAAGGUUUCAUGGCGAAACUAAACACGGUACGAGAUGCUUUUUUCGCUAUGGAGAUCAUUUAGCUAUGGUCUGCAUGCAGCAUUGCCAGUACUUGUUUCACAGGGUGGUUGGAAUCAUAAUAGUCUUAGGGUUAUGUUUAUCGGUGCGAAUCAAGACAAUCAGUAUCAAUUGC